UCUGGUCACCCUGUGGUCACUCUGCGGUCACUCUGUGGUCACUUUUGGUCACCCUGUGGUCACUCUGUGAUCACUGGGGUCACUCUGUGGUCACUCUGUGGUCACUGUGGUCACUCUGGUCAUUCUGGUCACUCUGUGGUCACUCUGCGGUCACUGUGGUCACUCUGGUCACUGUGGUCACUCUGCGGUCACUGUGGUCACUGUGGGCGGUCACUCACGGCCGUGCUGUCCCUCCCAGGUGUGACCACGCUGGGGACGGUGACAGGGACGGUGUCCACCAGCCUGGCGGGAGGGGCCGGUGGCCACAGCGCCACGGCCUCGCUGGCCACGCCCAUCACCACCCUGGGGACAAUCGCCACCCUCUCGAGCCAGGUCCUGAACCCUGCGGCCAUCACGGCCACCGCGGCCGGGGGCGGCCUGGGGACACCGACCAUCACCAUGCAGCCGGUGUCCCAGCCCACGCAGGUGACACUCAUCACCACGCCCAGCGGCGUGGAGGCCCAGCCCGUCCACGACCUCCCCGUGUCCAUCCUGGCGUCCCCCACGGCCGAAGCCCCUCCGGCCGCCGCCUCGGGGGGCCCCGCGCUGGCCGAGCCCCCGGCGGCCGAGCCCGGCACGGUGACCCUGGUGUGCUCCAACCCCCCCUGCGAGACCCACGAGACCGGGACCACCAACACGGCCACCACCAGCCUGGUGGCCAACGUGGGGACGGGAGGGGGACAGGUGCAGCUGCUGUGCGAGGACACGGGCGGGGGGACCCGGGCCUGCUCCAACCCCCCCUGCGAGGUGCAUGAGACGGGGACAACCAACACGGUGACAACAACGGGGACACGGCUGUGCUCCAACCCCCCCUGCGAGACACACGACACCGGGACAACCAACACGGUGACGGUGACGGCGCCACGGCAACCGCAUGGAAACAACACCGGGACAGCGGUGACGGUGACGGGGACCCGGCUGUGCUCCAACCCCCCCUGCGAGACCCACGAGACCGGGACAACCAACACGGUGACAACAACGGCACCACGGCAACCGCACGGCAACAACACCGGGACAGCGGUGACGGGGUCCCAGUUCUGCUCCAACCCCCCCUGCGAGACACACGAGACCGGGACAACCAACACGGUGACAACAACGGGGACACGGGUGUGCUCCAACCCCCCCUGCGAGACACACGAGACCGGGACAACCAACACGGUGACGGUGACAGCGCCAUGGCAACUGCACGGCAACAGCACCGGGACGGCGGUGACGGGGUCACAGCUCUGCUCCAACCCCCCCUGUGAGACCCACGAGACGGGGACAACCAACACGGUGACAACAACGGGGACGCGGGUGUGCUCCAACCCCCCCUGUGAGACACACGAGACCGGGACAACCAACACCGUGACAACAACGGCACCACGGCAACCGCACGGCAACAACACCGGGACAGCGGUGACGGGGUCCCAGUUCUGCUCCAACCCCCCCUGCGAGACACACGAGACCGGGACAACCAACACGGUGACGGUGACAGCGCCACGGCAACCGCACGGCAACACCGGGACAACGGUGACGGGGUCACAGCUCUGCUCCAACCCCCCCUGCGAGGUGCACGAGACCGGCACCACCAACACCGUGACAACAACAGCGCCACGGCAACCGCACGGCAACAGCACCGGGACAGCGGUGACAGUGACGGGGUCACAAUUCUGCUCCAACCCCCCUUGCGAGACCCACGAGACGGGGACAACCAACACCGUGACAACAACGGGGACACGGGCCUGCUCCAACCCCCCCUGCGAGACCCACGAGACCGGGACAACCAACACCGUGACAACAACGGCACCACGGCCACCCCACGGCAACAACACCGGGACAGCGGUGACGGGGUCCCAGCUCUGCUCCAACCCCCCCUGCGAGACCCACGAGACGGGGACAACCAACACGGCCACCACCACCACGGCCACCUCGCGACCACCGCCGGAGCCGGCGGGGACGUCACCGGGGACGUCACCGGUGCCACCAGCCUGCUCCAGCCGCGAGCCCGGCGCGGUGACGGUGACGGGGUCCCAGCUCUGCUCCAACCCCCCCUGCGAGACCCACGAGACCGGGACCACCAACACGGCCACCACGGCCACCGCCGGCUCCCGGCCGGGUGACGCCACCACCACGGCCACCAGCGCCGCCACCUCCGGCUCAGGGGGGUCCCCCCAGCCUGGUGCCAACCCCCCCUGCGGGACCCCCGAGCCCCCCGCGGG